AUGUUCGAGAAUACAUGUACCCUGCCUCUGUCGGCAGACGUAUUCACAACAGCCCUCCACCCGUCGGAGCCCCUCCUGACGGUCGGUUUAUCGAGCGGCCACGUCGAGACCUUUCGACUGCCAUCCAGCUCUUCUUCUGACGAAAGCGCCGAUGCCGAUGGAGACACGAGCGUGCUGAGCGACGGCAAGAGCAUGAUCGAAUCUGUCUGGCGCACUCGGAGACACAAGGGAAGCUGCAGAUCCUUGGUCUACUCGCACGAUGGUUCAGCUGGAACCGAUUCGCUGGUAAAGCACUUUGAUCCCAAAACCGGCCAAGUUAUUUCCAAAUUUGUGAUCCCUUCUGCGACUACGGUUCCCGAUGCACCGACGCUCCUCCACGUCCUGAACCCUCAGAGCCUGCUUCUCGCGACCGACUCGGGUGCCCUCCACAUCAUUGACCUAAAAGACGGCAAACUGGGAAAGAAGCCCGUUCAGACUCACUUUCCUCAUGCCGACUAUGUUUCUUCUAUAACACCUUUGCCUCCCACCAGUGCUAGCACCAGCGGAUUCCCGAAGCAAUGGGUCAGCACUGGCGGUACUACGCUCGCUGUGACCGAUGUUAGGAGAGGAGUGCUUGUGCGCAGCGAUGACCAGGAGGAUGAGCUGCUGUCUUCUUGCUUCGUUCCAGGCAUGGGCCCUAAAGGACAUCGCAACAAUGGUGUUUUGGCGGUAGGAUCCAGCUCGGGCGUAUUGACCAUGUGGGACAAGGGAGCCUGGGAUGAUCAGCAGGAACGAAUUAUCGUUGAUGGCGACAAGAAGGGCGGCGGUGAAAGUAUCGAUGCUAUGGUCUUGGUCCCGCAAGAGUUGGGACUGGGCAAGAAGGUCGUCUGCGGCGUAGGUGACGGCAGCUUGCGUGUGGUCGACCUCGUCCUUAGGGAGGUGGACGUCUCGGCCAAUUUGCGUCACGAUCAUAUGGAGAGCGUUGUAUCGCUGGGUUUCGAUUGCGAGAACCGCCUUAUCAGUGCCGGUGGAAAGACCGUGAAGCUUUGGGAAGAACUAUCUGCGCUCCAGGGAGGCAACGACGAUGAUGAUGAAGAAGAUGAUGAAGACGACGAGAGCGACGAGAGCGACGCCGAAGAGAAUGACAACGGCAAGCGGGCUGCUGACAGCGACAGCGACGACGACAGUGAGGAAGACCAAAUUGCGGAAAUGAAGCGCAGGGCCAAGAGACGCAAGGAGGCCCAGCAGAGCAAACUUGGGCCCAUGGGAGCCCACGGCAUUAUGGGGUUUGAGGGCUUGGAUUGA